AUGGCCACGUCCAUCCUCGGGGAAGAGCCGCGCUUCGGAACGACCCCGUUGGCCAUGCUGGCGGCGACCUGCAACAAGAUCGGCAACACGAGCCCGCUGACGACGCUGCCGGAGUCGAGCGCCUUCGCCAAGGGCGGCUUCCAUCCCUGGAAGCGCUCCUCGUCCAGCUGCAACCUGGGCUCCAGCCUCUCGGGCUUCGCGGUGGCCGCGGGCGGCCGCGGCUCGGGCGGCCUGGCGGGCGGCUCGGGGGCCGCCAACAGCGCCUUCUGCCUGGCCUCCACGUCCCCCACGUCGUCCGCCUUCAGCAGCGACUACGGCGGCCUCUUCUCCAACUCGGCGGCGGCCGCGGCGGCGGCGGCGGCGGCGGCCGGGGUGUCCCCGCAGGAGGCGGGAGGCCAGUCGGCCUUCCUCUCCAAGGUGCACCCCGCGGCGGCGGCGGCCGACGGCCUGUACCCGCGCGUGGGCAUGGCGCACCCGUACGAGUCGUGGUACAAGUCGGGCUUCCACUCGAGCCUGGCGGCGGGCGAGGUGACCAACGGCGCGGCGGCGGCGUCGUCGUGGUGGGACGUGCACGGCAGCCCGGGCUCGUGGCUGGAGGUGCAGAGCCCCGCCGCCGCCGGGGGGCUGCAGGGCUCGCUGCACUCGGGCGCCCCCCAGGCCUCGCUGCACUCGCAGCUCGGCACCUACAACCCCGACUUCAGCUCGCUCACGCACUCGGCCUUCAGCUCCACCGGCCUGGGCUCCUCGGCCGCCGCCGCCUCGCACUUGCUCUCCACCAGCCAACACCUGCUGGCCCAGGACGGCUUCAAGCCGGUGCUGCCCUCCUACUCGGACUCCAGCGCCGCCGUGGCCGCCGCCGCCGCCAGCGCCAUGAUCUCGGGGGCCGCGGCCGCCGCCGCCGCCGGGGGGAGCUCGGCGCGCUCCGCCCGCCGCUACUCGGGCCGCGCCACCUGCGACUGCCCCAACUGCCAGGAGGCCGAGCGCCUGGGCCCCGCCGGCGCGAGCCUGCGGCGCAAGGGCCUGCACAGCUGCCACAUCCCCGGCUGCGGCAAGGUGUACGGCAAGACGUCGCACCUGAAGGCGCACCUGCGCUGGCACACGGGCGAGCGGCCCUUCGUGUGCAACUGGCUCUUCUGCGGCAAGCGCUUCACGCGCUCGGACGAGCUGCAGCGGCACCUGCGGACCCACACGGGCGAGAAGCGCUUCGCCUGCCCGGUCUGCAACAAGCGCUUCAUGCGCAGCGACCACCUGAGCAAACACAUUAAGACGCACAGCGGGGGCGGCGGGGGCAAAAAGGGCAGCGACAGUGACACAGACGCCAGCAACCUGGAGACGCCGCGCUCCGAGUCCCCCGACCUCCUCCUGCACGAUCCCGGGGUCAGCGCCGCCCGGGCGGCGGCGGCGGCGGCAGCAGCAGCAGCAGCGGCGGCGGCCUCGGCUGGAGGCAAGGAAGCCGCGUCCGGCCCCGGCGACUCCUAG